AUGAACGUAGAGGAGACCCAAACCACCUCCAACACCGUAAGGUCCGAAAUCGCUGCACCAGCGUCGGCUGCACCCAUUGUCGCUCCAAGGACCACUGUUUUGCGCCCACAGCCAUCCGCCGCAGCAAUCAGGGAGAUGAGAGGAGAGCAGCUAUUGGAGCCACAGGGGCCUCCAUGUUGCAGGCUGUGCCAUCGCCCACACGCCCUGAAACGAUGCACCAUUUUUAAGAGCAUGAAGCCCGCUCAACGAAAACAGGUUGCAAGAGCCCACGGGCAUUGCCUGACCUGCUUGGCAGAUGACCACGCCACCAUAGAGUGCUGGGCCGACGGCGCCUGUCAAUAUUGCCAGAGGCCCCAUCACACUCUAUUUCAUCGUUUUCCCCGCCGAGCCAAUCCGUCGGAAAAUCGCACCAACACCGGUACCAGACCACGCAGCGAUUCUAUCCGGCGACGACGAAGCAGCCAAUCAACCACAAUGCGUUCACGGCCAUCUCCGCCACGCCACGCUCAUCGCCAGCAACAACGUCGCUCAACAGGGUUGAGCGCUGUACUAAGCACACUCCAACAGCUGCAGAGGCUCUUAGCCGAUUAA